GGCUAGAGAUCACAAAUAUGCCUUCUGGAGAAAGGAAACCUGUAUUUCUGAACUGCACAGAACAUUUUCAGAUGCAAUUGAAAACUAAACCUUAUUCAAAAUGGACCCAGGAACCUAAGUCUUUUGUAUCUCAGAUAAACUUUACUAUAAACCACUCAUCUUGGGAGAAAGCAUUUUGUUUUGGAUUAAGAGAACGACAGCAUGGUGUUAACAGGCAAAAAGCACUGCGAAGCCUUCAGCAUAAGAAUGCUGCAGAGAGAGAAUCGAACUCCAUGAAGGAAUCUCUGGCAUCACAAAACACAAAAAUGAUUUCAUCCAUAGUCAUUUCACAGAUGAUUGAUGAGAAUAAAUCAAAAGAAAAUAGGUCUGCUUUGCCUUUGCAGUCUGUGAUCACUCAGCCUAAUACUUAUCAUACGAAGCAAUCUUUGGCUAAUCAUGGUUCAGUCAACAUUAAUAGAGCAUUCACAUUACAUCCCAGCAGAUUAGAAAUUCAGGCAUCUCUAGAUGAUAGUGUACGCAGAACAGACUCUCACACCAGAGAGGAAAAACAAUGUCAUAACCAGGAAAACGGAUUUGCAUCCAUAACAAUUACUGCUAGACGAGUUGUUCCACCUUCUAACAACACAGUGCAGGAAGCUGCUACUGAUUCACCGUGUUUGAAAUGCAGGGGAGGCAAUCUGCUAAUGAAUGCUGCUACUACUGCUUCCAACAAUGCAGGUUCAGCUCAGCACUGCAGACCUCUGUAUAAUCAAGGAUCUUGUACAAACCAAAAUGCCACCAGAUUAAAGGUACCUGAAACUUAUUCACAAUCAUGUGAAGGGCAUCAAGGCUGGAUUUUUAACUCUGAAAGCAAAGAGAAUAGAAUAUUUCCUCCUGGAAGUAAUCGAAGGAAAAAAGCACCAGUUUCAUUCACUUCAUGUAUUCACCUCAGAAUUUCUCAGCAGUGUCCAAAUAGAAUCUAUUAUGUAGACAAGUCACUCUCUGUCUGUAUUGACCGACCUCAAAUUAAAAGCCAAAAAAUUCAUAGAUCAAUAUUGUCCUUCAAUAUAAAUUGCAGUUCACCCAGAUUAACACCAGAUGGAGUAGAUGGCAUAGCUAAUGGAGGGCCAAGAGCUGAGACACUUAAGAGAAAGCUCUCAGAAGAAAACAAGACUCUACUCAGAACAUUUUGGACUGCAGAUUUAAAAGAAAAUACUGCAGAUAAAAAAAAAGCAGCAAAUAAGGAAUGCCUGGGUACUGCAUAUCCUUGGAAAGGCACACCUCCCUCUGAACUACUAUCAUUUGUGGAUAUACCCAAAGGAACUAAUAAUGUGAAAGCCACAAAAAAAGAUGAUGAUGAUGAUAAACAGGCUGGUGGCAAUCACAUAAAAUUAUCUAUCCAAGUUCCUAAGUUGUGUUGUGAGACAGGAACACAAACCUGCUCUGGAAGCAACAGGAAACAGUGCAAUAGAGAUAUGUUUAGUGCAACUGCUCCUGCUUCUCUUCUAGAACGAGCACCCAUGAAAGAAUUCACAGCUGAUGCCAGCGGUUCUUUGAAAGUGAGAGCUCCAUCCAGAGCUACCUCUAAGUCCAAAGAGAUUCAAGCACAGUGGUUUCUAAAACCAAAGAUCCCUGUAUUUAAUUGUGUGUCUGAUAUAAAGGCUUUACCAAAACCUGUUCUAGAAGAAAAUGAUCUCCACAGGAAAAAUCAAUUCUCCAAAGGUGAUUACAAAUUCUGUGGUUCAGAUGACAAAAUAAAGGAAAGCAAGAAAAGAGAAAAACAAGGGGGAGCGAUAUCCGCAGCUUACUCCCCAGUUGCUGCUCAUGAGAAGCAAGAAGCAUUCACCCAGCCAGAAAUCUGCUCAGAGCCUGAGAACAUUCCAUCAAGCCCACUGACUCUCAGGGAGGCUCUGGAAGUCCAUAAACCAAAGUUUAUUUCUCGUUCACAAGAACGGUUGAAAAAACUCGAACACAUGGUACAAAUGAGGAGAGCCCAGCACAGCGAGAGCCCUGGAAAGAAACAAGGAGCUCUUCUUGCUCGCAAACUUUCCUCUAAUUCCAUUUCCAGUAAAAAGAAGCAAUAUACCAUUCCUCACCCCUUGAGUGAUAACCUGUUUAAACCAAAGGAAAGAUUCAUUUCGGAGAAGGAGAUGCAUAUGAGAUCUAAAAGGAUUUAUAAUAACUUGCCUGAAGUAAAAAAGAAACAAGAAGAAAAACAGAAACGGGUGAUCAUACAGAGUAACAGACUACGGGUUGAGAUUUUCAAAAAGCAACUACUGGAACAGCUUCUUCAAAGAAAUACAGAGUAACAAAGGAUUCUUUUGCUGCUCACAGUAACUGGACCUCAAGUGACUUUGACUAUUAGAUAAGCCAUAACAUUUUAUCUUAAUUACCUGGAUAUAUUUUUCUUACCUUUUACCUCUCUACAUAAAGAAAGAUAAUUUGUGCUUCAGUAGAAAAUUCUGAAAGAAACUUCCAGAUUAUUGAAAAAAAAUCAGAAAUUGAGGAAAACUGGUUUGGUAUCAUCCUAUG